AGAACACAGGGGACUGAGGGCGAGCAGUCCUCUCUGCCAGUCGGGCUCCACUGCUACCUGGCUGCUGCCUUUCUCUGGGGCCUCCCUGACCCCAGCUAUCUCACUGGAUGGCUUCUAAUACCCUGCGCGGUGCUGACACCUGUUUGUGACUCCAGGGGUCCCCCUCUCAGGGCAGGCAGCAGGUGGAUCUGGGGAGCCCAAGGGUGAGGGACCUGCCCCAUGGACCUGCCUCCACAGCUCUCCUUCGCCCUCUAUGUCGCCGCGUUUGUGCUGGGCUUCCCACUCAAUGUCCUGGCCAUUGCUGGUGCUGUGUCUCAUGCCCGGCUCCGCCUGACCCCCAGCCUUGUCUAUGCCCUCCACCUGGGCUGCUCUGACCUCCUGCUGGCGGCCUCUCUGCCCCUGAAGGCAGUAGAGGCCCUGGCCGCGGGCGCCUGGCCUCUGCCCGCCCUGCUCUGUCCUGCCUUUGCCCUGGCUCAUUUCGCUCCGCUCUAUGCCGGCGGGGGCUUCCUGGCCGCCCUCAGUGCUGGCCGCUACCUGGGAGCUGCCUUCCCCUUGGGCUACCAAGCCGCCCGGAGGCCUUGCUAUUCCAGAGGUGUGUGUGUGGCCAUAUGGGCCCUUGUCCUCUGUCACCUGGGGCUGGUCUUUGGGUUGGAGGCUCCAGGAGGCUGGAUGGACAAUACCACCAGCUCCCUGGGCAUGAAUACGCCCGUCAAUGGCUCUCCAGUCUGCCUGGAGGCCUGGGACCCAGCCUUAGCGGGCCCUGCUCGCCUCAGCCUCUCUCUCCUGCUCUUCUUCCUGCCCCUGACCAUCACAGCCUUCUGCUAUGUGGGCUGCCUCCGGGCACUGGCCCGCUCAGGCCUGAGCCACAGACGGAAGCUCAGGGCAGCCUGGGUGGCUGGCGGGGCUCUGCUCACGCUGCUGCUCUGCUUAGGACCCUACAAUGCCUCCAACGUGGCUGGCUUCCUGUACCCCGAUAUAGGAGGCUAUUGGCGGAAGCUGGGGCUCAUCACAGGUGCUUGGAGCGUGGUGCUCAACCCGUUGGUGACUGGCUACCUGGGAAGGGGUACUGGCCGGGGGACAGCAUGUGUGGCAAGAACGAAAGGGGGGAUAUCCCAAAAGUAGUAGCUCCGACUAGGGUGGAGGUGCAUGGAUCCGAACAGC